AUGUAUUUAAAAGAUAUGUUUCGCAUACGUACAAUCUUCUUCCCACUGAUACUUAUUGUACAUCAUUCAUUUACAUCUAAGUACCACUGCGGUCCUAAUAAUAAUGCAUUUUAUCUAUUUAUAUCCCAACUGCUCACUAUACCGUGCGAACAGUAUCGGAUAAAUUCAUGUUGCCUGAAGCAUGACCAAUGUUACGAUGAUUGCAGUGUCACGCAAUUGGUUUGCGACACUUUCUUCUGCGAUUGCUUAAAAGAUAUUCAGACUAAUUUUUAUUGUAGAGAGAGCCUUACUCUGGAAGAUGAAGAGGAGAGCGCCUGUGCUAUUUCAUUCUGGAUGAACAUUUUGGCUUCGUUUCCAUCUAUUUCCUCUUCAACUCGAGAUCUGGGUGCAUUUUGGAGAGAAGAUGCAUCCUACUGA